AUGCUGCAGUUCAUCUUUUUAUUUUUCUUCUACUACUACUACUACUGCGUCAACAAUUGUUUUGCUGUUGUACUCUUCACUGACCCCAACGACGACGACGACGACGACGAUAAUAAUAAUAAUAAUAAUAAUAAUAAUGAUGAUGAUGAUGAUGGUGGUGGUGGUGGUGGUGGUGGUGAUGAUGAUGAUGAUGAUGAUGAUGAUGAUGAUGAUGAUGAUGAUGAUGAUGAUGAUGAUGAUGAUGAUGAUGAUGAUGAUGAUGAUGAUGAUGAUGAUGAUGAUGAUGAUGAUGAUGAUGAUAUGCACGUAGGAGUCAGAAUACGUGGACAGGAAAUGGCUGGUUCAGAUGUUCGGCGCGUCUCUGUAUUCGUUUCAAUCCAAACCUUGACUUAUGUCCAUUUUUAUGCUGUGCCUGAGCGCUUUUAG